CGCAUCCCAAACUGGGCUGGCCCCUCCGCCGCGAUGUUGGUGGCUGCGGCUGCUGAGCGAAACAAGGAGCCCAUCCUGUGCGUGCUCCGCCAGUAUGUGGAUCCUGCCCAGCGCGGGGUUCGCGUGCUCGAAGUGGCCUCGGGCUCCGGACAGCAUGCCGCACACUUUGCACGGGCCUUCCCGAACGCCGAGUGGCAGCCGUCGGACGUGGACCAGCGCUGCCUGGACAGCAUUGCCGCCACCACCCAAGCCCAAGGGUUGUCCAAUGUGAAGGCUCCGCUGUACCUGGACGUGACCUGGAAGUGGGAGCAAUGGUGCGGGAUCCCACCGCGAUCGCUGGACCUGUUGCUCUGCAUCAAUAUGAUCCACAUCAGCCCCCUGAACUGCACUGAGGGGCUCUUCAGAGCAGCAGGACACCUGCUCAAAACCAAGGCUGUGUUGAUCACCUAUGGGCCCUAUGCCAUCAAUGGGAAGAUCUCUCCCCAGAGCAACGUGGACUUUGACCUGACCCUCAGAUGCAGGUUCUCAGACAUGGAGGACAGAGAAGGAAGAAGAGAAGGGGGAAGAUGGGAACAGGAAGAGAGAAGCUGAAUUGCCAUUUCUGAAAACUCAGGCUAGUUCCGGGUCCUACAGAGACAAAGGUACCUUACCCACAGGUACAUAGCAGGCCUGGCUCAAGCUGGGCAGCAGUUGGGGAGGAACUUCUCUAUCCUGGAGGUGUCCCAUACCAACCUUGAGGCCAGUUACCACUGAGGAGUCAAACUGGAGUUUGCCUGACCUCAAGGAGCCAGGCUGGUGGGUAAAAAGGUUAACAUUUACAAUAACUAAAAAUGGCAGAGAUGGAGGUCUACACUUAUAAUCCCAUCACUCAGGAGACUGAGCCAAGAGACUGCUGCAAACUCAAGGCCACUAGGUCUAGGCCAGCCGGAGCUAUAUGACAAGACCCUGCAUCAAAAGCUUGAUGGUUUAAAUGAAAAUGGCCCCCACAGCUCAUAUUUGCACGCCCAGAGAACCUGAGUUGCUGGGGGUGGAUUCUGAGGUUUCAAAAGUCCACGCCAGGCCCAAUAUCUGUCUAUCCGUCUCCCUUUGCCUGCUGCUGCAGAUCAGGGAUGUAGAGCUCCCAGCUACUUCUCUAGUGCCACACCUACCUGAAUAGCACCAUGCUCCUGGCCAUGAUGAUAAUGGACUAAGCCUCUGAAACUGUACACAAGCCCCCAAUUAAAUGUGUUCUUUUAUAAGAA